UGAAAUAUCCAAGCCAAAAAAGAUCCAUACUUAAAGGGCUUCUUAAAUAAGAGAGUGGCAACAAACAUGGAUAUUUACAGAGAGUUAUAGGGUAAAAUAUGUCCAUUACUCCUUUUUAUUCUUUUUUCAGGAGAGCAUCACUGUGAUGAAAAUACAUGGCAACAUUUUCUUAAAUUAUAUAUUUGAAACUAUGAUUUGGGCUUAUGACACCAGAAAGAGUAUAUCAACAUUAGUAAAGAAGAAAAUGGUUAACCUGAAUGUGUAAACAUUAUGAUCUGACUUGGGGUUCAGAUUGAAUUCUUGUGAUGUAAAUACUAACAUACUGAUGGAUGAAAUGAGGUAUAUAUUAUUCCAUAUAUUUUGCCUGCACUUCUGUAACCAAUCAUAGAGAAGGAAGAGUGAUGAACAACGAAUCACAGAAAAAGCAAUACCAGUAGCUGGAGAGUAAAAAGCAUUGAGAAAAGUAUAUGUAUGUGGACUGAGUUGUAUGUGAGGCAACAAGUGAAGUUAAAAUAAUUUUUUCACAGCUUUUACUUUGAACUAAUCUCUCAAAUUCAAUAGGAGAUUAAAUCAUUCAUUAUAUUAUAAAAUGAUAGGACUAUAGCAUAUAGCAAGACAUAAAGAUAAUUUCUAUUAAAAAAGAAAUUGAUAAUAAGAAAAAUUGUCAAAUGACAGUUUAAUAGUGUAUAUAUUAUAUUCUUUGAAGAAUAUUUUUGAUAGUUUUGUGGAUAGAUUAUACAUCAUAAAAUGACGAAUUUGACAAAUCUUGAUUUCAAAGACAACAAAGACUUUCAAAUAUUUUUAGAGAGCAUAAAGAUUUUAAAUCAAAGUGGGGAUACUAGAAUAUCUCUAGACAACAUACAAAGAAACUGCAAUGAUUAUAUACUGAGUAACAGCAAUGUGUCAUCUUUAAGUAACGUGACAUUUACAGAUGAACAAAUCGAGGUACUGGACAAGCUUUACCAUGCACUUUAUUGUUUCAUUAUUCCAGCUGUUUGUGUGUUUGGAUUUUUUGGAAAUAUACUUAACGUUAUAGUUUUUUCAAAAAAGAGAAUGUGCAAAACUUUGGAUGAUAUAGAAUAUUGUACAACAAUUUUUCUGAUUGCUCUAGCAAUCUCAGACAUGAUGUUUUGUGUUUGUACAUUCCCACAAGCGUUUGACAACCGAGCUAUAAGGGAGUAUGAAGUAGCAGACUUUAUGGUGUAUUAUAAGAUGUACUCUAACUUUGCUAUCAGUACUUUCAUCCUGUCCAGUACUCUACUUACAGUACUUACAGCAGUUAUGAGGUAUACAGCCAUCUGUCAUCCAUUCCAUUCCAGACAAUUCAUUUCAUUUCGCAAAACUGUUGUUGCAAUUUUGUUGCUAUUUUUCUUCAGUGUGCUGUUUAACUUUCCAUACAUCUGGCGUUUUAAAAUGACUACAUCAAAAUGCCAGCCUUCUUCAAAUUAUGUACAACUUGACACUGGAGAUUUGUUCACAAAACAAAAUUUUGUUUAUACACAUAAACUAUUGUGGGCAAUAAUUGGUAACUUCAUACCAUUGUUGUUGUUACUGUACUGCAACAUCCGACUUGUAAAAGCUCUGCACGAGAGUCAGAAACUUCGACUUCUUCACAGUAGAGAUAACGCAGGAUGUCUUUCUGCACAUCGCCGUAUAAACAUAACACUUAUUGCCAUUAUUAUACUGUUUUUUAUCCUUGUGGCACCAUCUGAGAUCACAAAAUUUAUUUAUUUUUCUCAUUCCAAAAAUGGCGUGGAAAGGCAGUCAUAUGCUUACAUUCUUGUGUCAAUGAUAACAAAUGCACUACAGAGUAUAAAUUUCUCUGUAAACUUUGUCCUCUAUUAUGUCAUCAUAGCACCUUUUAGAAAGACAAUUCAUGAAUUUGUGUGUGUGCUAAUGUCAAGACGAGGGACAAGAGAUUCAACAAACAGUCCAAAACAAACAUGUAUAGUUCUAACUCACAAAGAACAAAGACGAGCCUUAAUAUAGGCAACUUUGCUUUCAAUCAUAGAUCAUCGAUUGUUGUUAAUUCAAACUGUGUAUAUUCUUACCCUUGCAUAAAUUUUUGUCCUACAAGGUCUUACAUAUAAGGAGCAUAGAUUUUUAUAAUGAAGCACCAAGCUAGGUUUGACGGAAGGGAAUUGACCAGAAUUACAUGAAAUCAUUACAACUUAUGAAUACCUUAACAGGUAAUAUGUAAGCUGUCAAAAUACUACAAUUCUUACAUUAAUCAAAUUAUAUGUGGAAUACUGAAAGUUUUAGUAAAAGUCAAAAUAAAUUAAUUCCUUUGAAAGCAUACACAGCUUGAUACUUGAUUCCAUUGCAAAAAGACAAAAGUGAUAGUAAAGGUAAUAAAAUAACUAUAUGAAUGAGGUAGCAAUGAACAAAACACAAUGUACAUGAACUCAGAUAAAUUGAUGCAUACCUUAAUUAUUCUAUUAUAUAUCAAUAUUUAAAGACGAUUCUACAAGUCAAAUUGCUAUUUACUAUGUAAGAUUAAACAGCUUUCUGACUAUGUCUGAGAGCUAUAUUGAGGACGUAACCAUUUGAUCAUACUGUCAAAAAAAACAUAUACCUCAACCCAACUAAUAGUUUUCUAUUGGAAUUAUUAAAUGUUACAAAAUGAUUUAUGUUCAGUGCAAAUGCAAGAAUAAUUAGCUAGUAAUGAUCUACUUUGUGAAAAUCUCCAGGAACUAAUCUUGUUAUCAACACCUGCUUUCUGUAUGUUUAAACAUCAAUUUGUUUCCCACCUGAAAUAUUUCAAAGAAAUAACAAGGAGCCUCAGGUGCUUGUCAUUUUUAAUUUUAGUUCUAUUCUGUAAAAUCUAACCUCACAAUGUACAUCACAUGUAACAACGCCUUACACUUUCAAUGUUUUUAUUUCUUAAAUAACAUGCUUGUUUUAGUUUCUAUAAAUAAUCUCUUUUGUUGACUGUUUUGUCAGUGUCCAAAUGACUGUAAAGUAUUUUAGAGCUAUCACCGUAUGAUAUCUAACCACAUGAAGUUUGUGUAUGUUCAGAGUUAUAGCCCUUUUCCUCUCAACAGUUAACUUUGAUAAAACAUGUAGUUACUUCAACUAACUUUGAUAAAACAUGUAGUUACUUCAACUAUGUGAAUACUUUCAACAUAAUUUUCUUAUAACUAUCCCAACAAAUUAUCAUGCUUAUUAAUAAUCACAUUAUAAAUUUAUAAAAUGUUUGUUUGUUUAGUUUUAUGGGCACCAACACAGUAAGGUCUUAUGGCACCGAAACAGAUGAUUCUGGCUAAACUUGGGUGUUGCAUACUUAAGGUCAAAACCACCUCACCUGCUGGAGCUAAGCAAUGCAUAGACUCCAGUAAUUAGAACCCAUUUAGUUGUCUCUUAUGAUCCAGUGUCUGCAAUUUUUAUGCCUCAACAAUUAACGACAAGCCCUCAGCCACAAGGGGCCUAUAAAAUGUUAAAAAUUAUCAAAAAUGUUGUAUAUACAUCUAUUAAUGUUGUUUUAUUUUUAAAUAAAUCCGUUUUUGAAUACAUUGUACAUGUAUUAUCAUUCUAAUUUUUUCAUUCAUAGAAUAUUGUUGUUAAAUUGUCUUUCAUAUUUUUCUCCUCUUAAAAUUGUAUUCUAUGUACAUACCAGCAUGAAUAAGGUAUAGUAUUUUACUGACUUUUGAGAGACCAGUUUUGUGAAUAUCAUUUCUAUCAAUAAAACAAUAAUAUUUACCUAGCACAAUGAUCAGUAAUGAUAUAUUAUAGCCAAAUUAUAGAACUUUAAAAUUCUCCAACAUUUAAUCUUCAAUAUCAAUCAAAAUUGAAUAUUUUUCAAAUGACCUUAUGCAUUUUAUAUCAGUUUUACUGAACUCUCUGUGAUAUAUCUAUAUUGGUAUUUUUCAUCCAAAAUACAGUAUAUUUUCUGAUCAUAUAACACUUUUUUUUAUAGAUAUCAGUAAAUAAUUCAAAUUUUUAUUUUUUUUUGUCAAUUAUAAUAUGAAAUUCUCCUUACAAACACAGCCACAUUGGGCUCUCAAGUCAGUAUCAAUACAGUGACCCCAGCUUGAAUGACAAUUGUGCUUCAAUUGUGCUUUAAUUAUUGUUGUACAAUUUCAGUCAUAGUUUAUUGUUAACAUGUUAUUAAACCUGUAUAAAUUGUUCAUCAUUUUCAUGAUAUUAUGUUAUAUAUGAUAAACCAUUUACAUGUAAAACAUCAGCAUAACUGUGUUAUAUGAUUGACUGAUAAAUGAUCAAUUAAGAUAAUGAACAUUUUGUGCAUGUUGUUUUACAAUUUUACAGUUGUCAGCUUCAGUUGUUACA